CUUCCCUCAGCAGACAUCAGCCAGCCACUCACACCAACACAGCUCUCCAGUCUACAGCCAAGACACCGAGGAACCUCAAGCUGCGCCAGGACACCUUUGCAAAGCUCCAGCCAGCAUCCAAACAAGGACCAGUCCAACCGGGGAAACUACUUUGUCUUUGAAGCAGAUACUUGGAAGAAAGGCAACUCGUCUCUUCUUUCUGCUCUUGUUUCUCUCAGCCCGGUAGAAGCUCCGAGUCCCUUUCGUGCCACAAUGUCCGAGGUGUUGCCAUACAACGAAAGCAAGAUGAGCGGCUAUGGAGCAGACAGCGAGGUCAACCAGAUGUCCUUUAGCUGCGGACUGCAAGACACAAGCGCGUUUUUCGCUGCGUCGCAAGGAAAGAGGCCCCCAAAGCUCGGGCAGAUUGGCAGAGCGAAGAGAGUGGUGAUCGAGGAUGACCGAAUAGAUGAGGUACUGAAGGGCAUGACAGAUAAGUCUUCACCCGGGGUUUAAACCUGACCGAUGCCUUGCAGACUUUUUUAAUUUUGAUCACCGAUUUGAAGCACUUGUCGGCUGUGCAUGUUCGAGGAGGAUUUGAAGGAGGGAAAAACGACUGCACGAAGCGAUGGAUGAGGAGGAAGACUUAACAGGUGGUGUGAUGAAGGGGUGACACACAGACAUGCGAAGAGGAGAGGAAGAAGAUGUGAUACAAAGAAAAUGUAAAAGGUAGAGACUCAGAAGGAGACUUAUCUUUGGGAUUGCUGGCAAUUCUCCAAAAACGAAUCCCGAUUUGAAGAUGUUGAGAUGGCUGAAACGCUCUGUAUCUCAAUCUCUGCGGACUUUGAUGACAGAUGAACUUCAUUAUUUUCAUGACCAUGUCUCUUCUAAUUUUCUUUCCAAAAAGCGCUGUAAACAAACAAAGGCUUGCCACUCAAGGUUGAAGCAAGAUCCAAGUCCGUUUCACAAUGUUGUACAGAAGCUAGGCUGUAGCCCCUUCCCCCUGCCUCCUCUAGGCUUUGCUUCAUGGAUUCAGUCAGCCUAGGGAGCUGUCCUUUCAGCACCAGUCCCAUGCAUUCCUUUUGCUGCUGACGCUUUUGUCUAAAACACACAGACCCAACAACAGCAGUCUGCUUUACAAAGGAGGCCUGUUGUCUUUGUAAAAACAUAUAUCCAAUAAUGGUGCAAUGUUAAUAUUUCCUGUUGUAGUUUUGGCCCCUAAACACUGCAUUAGGCCACAGCCAGACUGACCCUAACUUGUUUCAGAGGUGCAGGAAAGCGCCUUCAUGUAGCUCAUUCGCCUGCACAUAUCUACCUUAUGGCAUUGUUUUGGACAUUAUCCCACGUAUCUACACAGGCCAGCAGAGAUCUGGAGAUGAAAGUCUGUGUCUAUUUAAAGAUGGAAAAUACAGUAUAUAAUUUGAUCUUUGGUUUUGGCACUCUUGUGUUUGAUCCUCUAUGAAUAGUUUUUCCAUCUCUGCAUGAAGUGUCACUCUGGUGCCAACAAAGGUGCCACCACUCUUACCCUGGCACGUUUCUUUUUAACAAAAGUCAUAUUUGUAUUUUUAUAUCUAAAUAUUUGUUAUUUCAAUGGUAUGCUAGUCUAUCGUCUUAA